AUGACACUGGUCCACCCGGUCUACAUCUCCCCAUUCAACACGCAUCCGCUCCUAUUGGGCCAGGACCUUCUAAAUCGGUUUAAGCCCCUAAUAGACUACCAACGUCUAAAGAUCUGGACACAGGUCCGGGAGCCCUUGCCCAUCCCACGCCCGUUGGGCGAAAACCACCGCUACUCCAUAGACGCGCCGCCCACGAACGGCCCACAGCCCGCCGCGGCACAACCUGAAACCGAUCAGGGGACGCCCACAACCGCGCGAACGCCACGCGCACGGCCCCCGACCUCGACAGGUGUUCUGGCGAGACACAGCAGCAGCAGUAGCCCCGCCCCUCUGCUGACCUCUGACCCCCGCAGAGCUCUCAUCGAUGAGCGUAUCAGGAUCGGCGCUCGCUUCCUGCCGCCGCUGGCUCCGGUGACGCUGCAGACGCAGAUGGUCAGCGAGGACGGAGACCUGUGGACGUCACACGCACACUACACCACGGACGCACACGGCGCCCUCAGCUUGUGCACAGAUGCUUCGGUCGGAGGUUCGUUCGUGGGCCUCGAACCCAUGGGGCUGUUCUGGUCUCUGCAGCCGGCUCCAGGAGGAAGAGAAGGACUGAGGCAGGUGAAGAACAUACUGUUACCAACUGUGAAGCUGAGGAAGCAGAACAUGCAGACCCCGUAUGUGUGUGACGUGUCUCUGUUGGAGGGACAUGUGUCUCCGGAGCUCAGGGGCCCCGUCCUGGCCUCUGUCAGCACCGAGCGCUGGUACAUGGCUCCUGGGGUCACGCGUCACGAUGUCCGACAGAAUGGACUCGUCGGGACCUUAUUCCUUCCUCCAGGGCCGGGUCCAUUCCCCGCCAUGUUGGACCUGUGGGGGAUGGGCGGCGGCUUGGUGGAGUACCGCUCGGCUCUGCUGGCGUCCAGAGGAUACGCCAGCUUCGCUCUGGCGUAUUUCAGACACAAAGACCUGCCCGGGCCUCUGACCACCAUCAAUGUGGGGAACGCAUACUUUAAGGGGGCGUUCCAGUUCCUUCAGGACCAUGAGAAGGUCUGUGGAGACAGAGUUGGGAUCUUGGGUCUCUCGUAUGGAGUUUAUCUGGCUCUGAGGAUCUCCACUCUUCCUGGAGUUAAGCCGUCUUGUUUGAUUUGCAUAAACGGACCGAUCGGCAGCACCACCGCACUCAUCGAUGACGGAGGGAAACCCGAGCCUUUCGAGAUAAACCGGACUCACUGGAAAGUCAAUGCUGAAGGUCACUACAUGUUCAAAGAGGUCUCGCACCCGGACAAUGUUCUCCAGUCCAGCAAAGUCAAAAUUGAGGAGAUCCCGUGUCCCGUCAUGUACAUCGAGGGGAAAGACGACACAAACUCCAACAGUGCAGCCAACGCAGACACGUUGGAGAGGAGCCUCAAAGCCUGCGGUAAAGGCCACCUCCUCACGCGGCUGUCGUACCCCGGCGCCGGACACCUCAUCGAACCUCCAUUUUCUCCCAACGCCAGAAUCUCCCUGUGGAGCGUCAAGCCUGAGAAACUGUUCACGGUGUGGGGCGGCCAUCUUGCUCCUCACGCCGCAGCUCAAGAAGACUCCUGGAGGAAGAUGCACCAGUUCAUGGAGAGGCACCUCAGAGGAGAGAGAGCGUGA